ACCAUGGCUCCGAAGCGUAAGCAGACUGAACCUUCAGCCGCACCCGCUAGGAAGCGUGCACCUACAACAACUCCCAGUUUCAAUGCACCCACAUUUACCGCAAUUUCUAUUUCCCCUGAGGCUUUGGGUAACCUUUUUUCAGGCUUCCAGAAUUUCUUCCAACAGGUAUCAGCGCCCGGGGUUUCAAUUCAAGGACUCCCUGCUGAUAGUUCUCAGGAUAUCGUUGCAGAUACACCCAGGGAGGAGGACGAGCGCCCUGGAACAUCCGCUUCCUUUAGCACGGCCGAAGCUAGGCGUAUGGGUACUAGAUCCCAGUCUGCUUCUGCCGCUCCUGCAACACCCUCCAACUCCUCGAGCUCCGGGCCUACCACCUCUAGUGGCAAUAAUCCCGCCUCCCAGUUAUCCCUAGGAACUCCUACUUGCUUGCGGGACCUUUCUCAAGGUACCCAGGUUAGGUCACGACGUCCGUCAUCCGUUACCACCUUUGAUAACGAGAAUCAAGACCGCGAGCCAGCCUCGGCCCCGACGAGUGAGCCCGGACGGUCGGGGAAGGCAGAAGAUGAAGCUGCUAAGAAGACCAGCAAAAAGAAGACCAAGAAAACCAAGCAUACGGAUUCCCAUGACGACUCAGGUACUUCUUCCUCUAGUUCGGAGGACGAGGACUCAUCUCUGGAGGGCUACUGGGGGGAGGGGGAGGAUCUCGUGGGUCUGCCGGUUUGGGCGCAUGAGAGGCGGGCUAACUCGCACCGCAAGACCUUUGAUGGUACGCUUGAGUGGAAAGAUGGUGCCCUGGUCCCAGAUGUAAAGAAAUCCACCUUUGCAUCUUCAGAUUUCAUUUUGGGGAACCACUUGUCAAAUAAAAAGCGGAACAAGAUUCUAAAUGGUGAUUAUGUGGAUAUAUUUACUCUCCUUCCCCCAGCUAAAAUGAAGGGGAAGGGGGAAAAGAAGCCAGCGUACGGUAAACGUAAAUAUCGCGAACCAAGGGCCGAACGCACCUUCGAGAAUUGGCUGGAUGGCUUUCAAAUUUAUAUGGGCACCAUUGUGGCAUGCUACCCAAAAAGGGCCAUGCACCUCUUGGCCUACAUGGCCCAUGUCAGAAGGGCUUAUGCUUUAGCUGGUGAAGGCCCGGCAUUACUGUAUGAUGAGGAUUUCCGCAGAAAUGCAUCAUUAUUGUCCAGCACUAGGUGGGAUUUGAGAGACCAGAAUUUCUGGGGAGAGCAUGUAGGCCCCUAUAUUGAGAAGAAGCAGCCGGAAUCUGCCCGGUCAGCAAGGGCAGAAUAUAAAAGGUCUGCCCGCCGACUUGUGUGUUGGGACUAUAACAAGGGUACUUGUGGCAGGGCUUAUUGCAAGUACAGCCAUGAGUGCGAGAAAUGCCAAGGUUCGCAUCCCGCCACGGCCUGCUUCAAAGGCAGGCAGUCCUUUCGGGGGAAGCGAGGUAACUUUCAGCAGGGACCUAGGAGUGGAGCAGCUGCAGGUCAAAGCACAUCAGGUAACCGCUACUAAUCUGUCCCUUGCCUUGGCG